CUCCAAUUGGCGAUUUAGAGCCUGAUUCCGUUAUCCUUGCUACGCCUGACCUCAAGCUUAUGCCAUAAUUACAAAGCAGUGGGCAACUUGUUCUGCCCUUAGAAUUCUUCCUCGAAAAGGGACCGAGUGCGAAGGUCGAUUCACAACCUCACAAUGGCACCCCCCUCCAAGACUCCCAGCCCUGCGCCCUCCGCUGCGCGAACGACGACAGCAUCAUCAUCCAGCGCGCGACCGUCUCUCGAGCUCAACAACAGCCCCAACUUCACCGACCCAUCCUUCGAUCCCGCGGAAUACCUCAACAGUGUGCUUCCUGCGUUGACGCUGGCGUCUUCGCAGUCGACCAACCACCCCCGAAGCGCGGCCGCGGCGGGAUCCUCAUCCAUUCCUCUGCUCGAGAUGUCCACGCAAGUCCAGUCCGUUCUCUCGCAGAUCAGCGCGCAGAACGUUCGAUAUUCUAGCACGCUCACGCGACUGACGGAUGAGAUUCUGCGAGGGGGUAGUCGGUUGGCCUACGAGGUGGAGGUGCUGCGCGGCGAGACGAUUGCGUUGUCGGAUGCGCUUACCGAGACGCUGCGGGGCGAUAUCGCUAAGUUUGCUCCAGAGGAUGCGAGUAAAGGUCCUAAGGGUGUGACUACGGAAGGGGGGCCUGAUGAUGGCUUGGGGGCUGUCGGUGCGGCGGAUGGGGGUGAGGAUGGCACGACCGAGGCGCCGGAAGACAAGCGGAAUACUACGAUACAGGAUCCUGAAUUCAUCACGAAAUUACGAAUGCUGAAUCAGGUGCGGGCGCGGUUGGAGGAGGUUGUGCAGACAUUUGGCGAUGCGAUGGAGUGGCCUCUCCCGCCGUCGGAGAUGUCGCUGGCCUCGUCGUUCAUCUCGGUAUCGGCGCCGGAGGCUGGGCCCGAGAGUCAUAGCCGUGAGGAGAAGGGGCAGGAGGUCGCCAGGAGACUGCGGGCCGAAGUCAUGGGGCUGCUGGAUGGUCAGGGUGGUGGACUCGAGGGGGUAGAGGCUGCCGCGCGCCGGAUCGAGUCGCUGCGCACGUUGGCCUUGAUUUGGAAGGGAACUGCCGAGGAGAAGGCUCGGAGUCGGGUCGUGGACAGCUUGGCGAAGGUGGUCGAGGAUCGUCGUAGAGCUUUGGAGAGCCAGGGCCGAGCGGAUGCGUCUCAGCAAGCUUCGGGCUCUUCGACCACAGCACAGUCGGCGGGCCAUCGACGGCAGGAGAGCGAGGGCCCGGCUGGUGGUAUUUUCCGCAACUUACAGCGAUUACGUGAGGAGAUCUACCUCGAAUGACGAGACGGAUGUUACGUUGGAUCCUCACUACUUUAGUGUACAUAGCAGCAUACAUACACAACUUACUAAUGACUCCAUCUCCUGCAUGCUCACAGGUGCGGA